GUAUCUCCGGCUGGAAUGCGGCUCCGCCGGCUCAGGCCACGCCCUGGGGCCCCUCGUCUGUCCUCCCCAGACGGGCGGUGCCAAUCUGCAGGCCGCGGCAACCGAGGGGAGAGACGCAGCCAGCCAGGGGCAGGGAUGGAAGACUGGGUUUACUGUCUCUUUCUUUUUUGUGCGGUGUUUUCUGCAAGGGUCCUUGGUUUUCCAGAUGGAAAAAUCAGCCCAGCUUGUGAUUCCAUGUUACCUAGUCAUGGUAACUCUGUUUCACAAACUACCUCAGCACCUUACAGGAUCUCCAUAUCCAGCACUUCAUUUGACCCAGGAAACAAGAUCACAGUGACUCUACAAGCAAUUGACAAUUCCAGUUUUAAAGGAUUUUUACUGCAGGCCCGAGCAGUCAGAGGAGAUGGUAUUGUUGGUACUUUUCAAAUCAUAGAUCCAAACACGCAAGGUAUUUUGUGUAACCAAAUUCAGAAUUCUGCAAUGAGUCACACAAAUCGCAACAGCAAGCAAAAUGUAACAGCAAUUUGGGUAGCACCACCAGGCACAGGAAAUGUACAAUUCAGAGCAACUGUUGUUCAGAGUUUGAGUAUUUUCUGGGCUGAUGUCAGAAGUCAAACUCUUGUGUCUUCCAGCUCCCCCGUUGACUCAACCUCUGGACGUGAAGGCUGUGGCACACAGAAGUUCUGUUUCAGCAGUCCCACUGGGUGUAGUCUGGAUGAUCCAAACUGUUAUUUCAUGUCUUCUGAGUCAUUAGGUGGUGAUGCUUUUAAAUUUAAAAUGAGCGGCUUUUCUGAUGGAUAUAUAGCCAUUGGGUUUUCUGAUGAUACACAAAUGGGGAAUGACGACAUUUAUAUCUGUGGUAAGAAUGCAACAGGACAAAUAGAAGUUCAACGUGCCUUUUCAACUGGACGAACUAUUCCCAACAUUUUGUCUCUGGGUGAUGUUCAGAGCAUAAUGACUUCCUUUAACAAUGGAAUCAUCAACUGCUCUUUCAUUACAAGAAAUCCCAUAUCGACUCAGUCAAAAGCUGCCAGCAAUCUGUACUUCAUAUUUCUGGCCCAGGGACCAUCAUCAGCUGGACAGAUACGGAAGCAUCUUAGGACACCUUUUAUCACUCCUCAGAAAGUGAACAUUUCAAGCUAUGAAGCAGUAGGUGGCACCAGUUCUACACCUUCUAUUAUUAAGGCUCACGGGGCCCUGAUGCUGAUUGCCUGGAUGACUACAGGAAGUAUAGGAAUGAUAUUUGCUAGGUAUUUGAAGAAUGCCAUCAGAAAAAGUCUCCUUGGCAAAGAUAUUUGGUUUCAGAUUCAUUUGUCUCUGAUGGUGAUAACCGUCGCAGAAACAAUAACUGCUUUCGUACUGGCCUUUGUAGCAGUAAUGGGAUGGACUAGUGAUGCAGAAGCCCAUGCUGUCAUCGGAUGCAUUGUCAUGAUUCUUUCUUUCUUUCAACCAGUGAUAGCUUUUUUUCGGCCUUCUCCUCAAAGUAAAAGCAGGAGAUUUAUUUUUAACUGGUUUCAUGCUCUAAAUGCUUUCAUCAUAAAGGUCCUGGCUGUUGCUGUCAUAUUUCUCGGACUGCAGAUGCUUGACCCCUCUCCCAGCCGAUGGAUGGUCAAAACAAUGGGAGGAUUUGUAGGUUGGGAGGCAUUAGUGUACAUAAUGCUUGAUGCAAAUGCUUGGUUGAAAAAGAAAGGUAAAGCGAAAUAUGAAGAUCCACAUAGGAAGAUAAAAAAUGAAAUGGUUCUAUUUUUAAUAUAUGCAUGUGGAAACCUGGCAUUUUUAAUAGCACUGCUUGUUGGAAUUGGAAAAUCCUAAAAUGGACGGAAUUUAUCUUGGAGGAAUGAAGAUUAUUCCUAUCUUGAGAUGCUUCUAGAGUAAAUACAAAGAAACAAUGAACACUGAAUAGAUGUUUUAGCAAGUUUUUAAUUUUGUUUUAUAAAUAUUUUAGGUUUUCUAAUUGACACAUUAUCAUUUUCUACACAAUAAUUGAGAAUAAUUUUUAUAAGUGAGAUUCCAUCAGCUACUUAUUGGAGAUGUUCUACACGGUAUAGUAUGAUGCAGAUAAUUAUUUCUGACAUAUGAAAGGUAAAAAGGCAACAUAUAAAUGCUAGGUGUUCAGUUGUUUCAUAUUACACUCCUUUCUAACCUUUGUCGAUGGUUUCCAUCUUUAACAAAAGAGGAUUUGUUUGUGUAGAGAAAAGAAAGUUGAGGACCUGAUUUUCAUAUGACUAAUUUAGACAGAGAACUGCACAGGCAAAUCUCUGUGCUCACCGGGAGUCCUGUUGACUUCAGGAUUUCAGUGAGGCUCAGUGCAGGCUCAGGGGUCCAUCUGCAAGGUUCUCAGUGCAAGGUCAGGGCCACAGAGUAUGUCUACACAGGAGCUGGAAGGUGUAAUUCCAGCUCAAGAAGAUAUACCCAUGCUGUCUCUGAUAGAGCUAGCACUCAAAAAAACAGAAGCGUCAUCAUGGCAGCACAAGCAGCAGGACAAGCUAGCCACACCGAAUACAUACGUAUGGUCUUUGACAGGAUCGUACUCAGGGCAGCUAGCCCAUGCCGCUCUCGUGCCACAGUGGCCAUACUUCUUUUUUUAGCAUGUUAGCUUAAUCAGAGCUAGCUUAGCUAUGUCUCCUUGACCUGGAAUUUAUACCUUCCAGCUCCUGUGCAGACAUAUUCCCAGACUACUGUAGGCUUCUGUUCCCAUUGAUGUCAACCAAAAAACUCCCUCUGACCUACAUGGUGCAGGAUCCGAUCUACAGUCAGUGCCUGGCCAUGUUCAUGCUUGUUCAGAUCGAAUGGGUAUUUCUAAUAUAAUUCCCUGUUUUCAAAUGCUAUAACUUUCUUUUUUAGUCUGAAAAUAGGAACACAAUGAAACUUUAAAAUUCAGCUAUGUUUUGAAAAUCUUAAAGGUCCCAGAACCCAUGGUGUACUCUAUAUAAGCUUCUUUUUUAUUAAUUAUAUUUGAUUGUAGUUUUUAUAAUGCAAUGUACAUAUGACAAAUAAUAAAGCAGGUCUCAAAACAGG